UGAAGCUGAAUGUAUUACCAAUCUGAGCUUCCGGGAAAUAAAGAAAUUAGCAGAAAGAGAAGAUUUUAAUAAUUUAUUGGAAUUAACACUUUAAAUGUUCUUGGGUAGAAGAAGCUUCUCUGAAACCUUGUACGAAGCAAGAGGUAUCAUGAACAAGAUCAAGUCUUGUCAGACAAGUUUCCUGCAAACACCUUUCUCCAAGUCAUUGUCCUCCCUGUGCACUUAAAGUGCUCACUUGGACUACACAGAUAAUCAUAGCCCUAUAGAUGGUCUAAGGUGCACAGCAAGCGAUUAAACCAGGACAAAAGAUGCCUGAAACUGACCUAAAUAAGGACCUCCUUUCAGAACAUAAGGUCACAGUAGCCGUUAUCAGCUUGACCGUAUUUAUUAUUUUUGCUGCUGCUGUUUCCACAAUCAUUAUUAUUAUUGUAAACGGUGCAAAACCUGCGGCAUCAAGUGACAGCACUCAGUAUUUUAAUGGAUCUUUUAGAAUACUUAAUUUGAACUUCACCAGUGAUUAUAAACAGAGCAACAGCGCUGCUUUCAAGACCCUGGCUGACCAAAUCAAAGAUCUUCUUUCAUCAACCUUUAAAAAUUCAUCACUGAAGAAUCAGUUCAACAUGUCACAGAUCACCAGCUUAAGGGCUGGAAGUGUUGUACCAGAAUUUGUGUUGUUAUUUAACAAUCCUGAGAAUAACAGCUCAUCUGGUUUGGUCCAAAAGAUAUUUAAAGAAAACUUGGUUGCUUCAAAGACAAUAUUUGACAUAGAUGCAACCUCACUUCAACUAACAGAAAUCUCCAGUACUGCUGCACAGAGCAUCUUUUACAGUAAGCCACCAACGAGUUGUUCAUACACCACUAUAUUCUACAUUUUAACAGUAUGUGGCAUAGGAGGACCCACCAAAUCAUUAGCAAAAAUAGUAGGAGGAACAAAUGCUUCUCCAGGUGCCUGGCCUUGGCAAGCCAGUUUACAUUUGGGUGGAAUUCAUUCAUGUGGAGCCUCUCUGAUCAGUGAUACCUGGCUUGUUACUGCUGCUCACUGCUUUGAUUGGAACACUGAUGUGAAUGCAUGGACAGUUGUCUUGGGAACCAUUAAUUUAACCUCAGGAUCUGGGUUAAAGCUUGAAAAAAUUAUUAUUUAUGAAAAUUAUACCAGUACAACACAUGCAAAUGAUAUUGCAUUAAUUAAACUUUCCACUCCGGUCAACUUUACGCAGUAUAUUCGGCCAGUAUGUCUGCCUGACAAGUCUAAUAUUUUUGCAGACAGUAGCUCCUGUUAUGUCACUGGAUGGGGACAACUUAAAGAAGAAGGAACAUUUUCUUCAGUGCUACAGCAAGCUGAAGUGAAGAUCAUUAGUACUGCACAAUGUAGUAGUGCAGCGAUGUAUGGGAGUUAUAUAGGUCCAUCAAUGAUAUGUGCUGGAUAUGUCACUGGAGGCAUCGACACCUGUCAGGGAGACUCUGGAGGGCCUCUUGUUGAAACUCAGUCAGAUGGAUCUUGGUAUCUCACUGGAAUCGUUAGCUUUGGGAAAGGGUGUGCUGUUGCAAACAAGCCCACUGUCUAUUCCAGGGUUACUUAUCUGCGCAGUUGGAUCACGGCAGUGUCUGGCCUUUAACACACUACAGAGAUAAUGAAGAGGCAAUUGUGGUGAUAUGGAGUCCUGUCUUACUAAAAUAUGUAAAGAACCACCAUGAACUUUCAUAUGGUCAUCACGGGAUCUUUGGGAAAAACCUCAGGUCAUUACACAACAUGAUGCCAUUCUUUGUUGCCAUCUCGGAUUAUAUGUAUUCAUGCAUUCUCUCUGAAUCUUUUGAGGGAGAUAGUCAACAUUUGCAUAUAUCAAGAAUACACACGGCACUGAUCUCCAAGCUGGUUUUGAAUCCCGUGUUGAAAGAUGUGAUGGUGCCCUCUGAACAGUCGAAGCUUCUCCAUUGAGGCAACUGGGAGCAUCAUCCCACCAACUUUUAAAAUAUAAGAAUUUAGCUCUGUCAUCUCAAUUUUAGCUUUUUUUCCCAUUGUUUCCUCUUAAGGCAAGUUCCAUUUCCUUUGUUAAUUGAGAAAGGAAGUGGAACUUGCCUUAACCCCUACCUUUUGUCAAGAUUGCCAAUCAUAAAAAAAAAUGCAUUAGACCAAGUAGUCCCUCUUCUUUUUUAAAGAUAAAUAGAUCAAAAAUAAAAAAAGAAGAAAAGAUUCUGAAAGAGGAAGAGAAAAGGUAACAAUAGGAGAAAGGUAAGUUUGAGGUGACAGAGCCCAUUUAACGGUGUGUUAGACAGAUACUUGUUGUUUGAGUCUGUUUAAUGCAGUUACUAUGCUGCUUCUAUUUAAAGGAUUAAUCUUUGUAACCCUCCUCCUACUUCCUAUUGACUCUGAAAAGCAAGACAGAGCUUGGGUUUUUGGGGAAAUCUCCCAUUCCUCUGUUUAUUACAUGCAUAAUUAAGCUUGGUCUGUUUUUGUUAGCCCUGCCCAGUCCCUAGGCACCUAGUGUCUAAUUGUUCAUGCCCCAAAAGGCAGACAUGUAAACUGGCCUGUCGUUUUUGGCAGAAACCAAGGGGGGAAGUGCCAGCAGCCCUCCUCUUUCCCUGCUUCCCUGUGGUGGUCAUGGUAAAGACCUAAAUGCACCUGACUCUCCGACUGUUUUGAGU